AUGUCGACCCUCACCGCCCGAGGCCCCGGGGGCCCAAACGGCCCCGGGCCCGGCUCCGAUUACCUCAGACUUGGAUCAACGUACAUUUUCAUCCACACGAUAUCCGAGGGCACGCCCCUUUCUGACAACCAUACUGGCCCAUGCGGCGCCCCCACACAUGAGCCGAUCCGCGGCGGCCCAGGCCCGCAGGAGGCUGAUUCCGAAAUGCGCGACCACGACGUGAUGGUGACCGUCUGGGUCGACCGCAAGGCCGUCCGCCUGCUACACUUGAUUGAUGUGCGCGAGGAGACGGUCGAGGCGGGGCACAUCGCCGCGGACGGCUUCCUCGGCCAGCUGAAGGCCGUUGACGACCGCGAGGGGCUGCCUGGAAAGACCAGGGCACACGAUGCACGAGAGCUUCAACCCUGGUCACUCGGGCUUGCGACUGGCUAG